GCUCCAGUUUGCUGACACAGAUAUUGUUGCCGUACCUGUAAAGACAUGCGUCGAAGAUUUAUUGCUGCGCGAACAUAGUUUUUACGGUUCGUUUUUGUGUUACUUGUUGGAAACGUUUUGCUUCAUAUGAAAAUCCUCGAUUAGAGGCAUAAGGAUGUUGAGGUUUAUAAAACCUUCACAAACAUAUGCAAAAUCAUCGAGAAACACACCAGAAGAAAACGAUGAAACAGACAGUGAGAGCUCUCUGUUGACAUCAGAGAUCAAAUCCUUUGACUUUGCAGCCGGUCAGGUACCAAAGAAUAGCUGCUCCAGCGAUGGAGGAUUCUCAAAUUAUACUGGACAAUUCUCACAGCUCCCAUCGCAUUCUGUGAAGAAUAUUAACAGUUAUUCUGCUGCUGCUGCUGCAUUCCAGCGUAGGAAUCACCCUUACAGUUCCCCUGCAGGACACACUGAAAGUUGGCAUGUUUCCUCUCUUCCCAGUUGUGGAGAUGUUUGUACCUACAAAUCUGACAACUGGUUAUCAAAUACUGGCAUGACCGACUUGUCGCCAAGCAGGAGCUUCGGACCACCCUCGCCAGUCUCAUUGCAAAGCAGCCUUGGACUAUCGCAACUUGAACCUGGGUUUCCUUUGCAGUCUUUUCCACUCCAACCACCUGUUCACUUUGUGCCUCAAAACCCUUGUCGACCUAAGGUUUCCAUAUACGUUCCCGAACCUGGCCAUUUUCCUCCUACACCUCUGGGCAGAGUCGACCUCAGCUCUUAUGGAACACCAGUUACAGGUUUCAGCCCCCCAAAUGGCCCUGGAAAUGUUUCAUGUCAAAGGGCAGUUGCUCCUACAGAUCCAGUAAAUACAAAUGUACCAUUCAGCCUUGUACUUCCCCGUGAACAGAGAAAGGUUUUUGUGACUUAUGCUACGGAUAAUGACAGACAUGUUGAAGAGGUGAUCAAGUUUGUCGCUUUGUUGAUCAGGAAUGGAUUUGAAACCCAGAUUGAUAUGUUUGAGCAGCAUUUUAGAAGUAUAAACAAAAUCGAUUGGAUGGAAAGAUAUAUCAAUGAUAAAGGAUAUCUGAUCAUUAUCGUUAUCAGCCCAAAAUACUGGGAGGCUGUUACAUCUCAGAACUUUGACGUAAAAAAUGAUGAACAUUCUUUGAAUACAGUCUUUAUCUACAAACAGCUUCAAAACGAAUUUAUUCAGAAUGGCAGCAAGAACUUCAGAUUUGUUCCAAUUAUUUUCCCAGGAGCUAACAUGAAACAUGUUCCUUCAUGGCUACAAAAUACACACAUCUACCGUUGGCCAAUGCAAACUCAGGAUAUUCUACGACGACUGAUGCGCCUGGAAAAAUACAAUCCUCCUCCAGUUGGUGAACUUCCGACUAUCAUUCAGAAAUCUAUAUAAUCUCGGCUUGAUGUUGCUGGAAUAAUAUCAUAAAACAAACUUUUCCAAAUACAUGGCAUUUUUUUGUGAUUAAGGAUGACCAGUUUUCAGUCCAUCAUGGAAAUUAAUUUCUUCAAAAUAUUUCAAAUGUCUAGAAUGCAGUCAAAAAACAAUAACUUUGUAUCAUUGAAAAAUGAUAGGAUUAUGGCCACAACAAAUGAUGUUUAUUUCAAGAUUUGCUCAGCUUGAUGUAUAUCAAGUACAUUUAUUAUAUACAUGACUUAAUUGCUAAAUAAUGUGUAACAUCAAACAAGUAGUAUUUCUGAAACAUUAACCUAACCUCCUUGUUUUAGAGCUGGAUCUUCAUGGAGUUGCUCUCUCUCUAGUCUUAUUUACUGAUGUUGCCAAUGCUGCCUGUGAUCUGACACUAAUGAUGAGGAUUAAAUUGCUAAAGUUAUCAUGAUGAGAGACAGCAAAAUAUUCACGUUCAAAGGGAUCCAUGUGUUCUUGUAUAUACAUCAAAGUUGAGCAAGUGCAGGAAAUGAUUGGGUAAAUGUAUGACGUGAGCCUUUUAUUACGAAGAAGUUAGAAUAUGAAAGUAAGGAAGUCUUGCUGCAUUUCUGUAAAAGAUCUUUUGUGAGGCCAUAUCCGACAUAAUGUGUAUGGUUCGGGUCUGUUUGCCAAGUGAAAGAUGAGCUUGCCUCAACCGGAGUGCAUAAUGUGCACCGAGUUCAUUCCUAUAGGUUGUCCUGUGAAGUGAGCUUGAAUGUUGAGAGGUCGUUCUCUGGGGUUGGAGAAGCUAGAAUCUGCAACAUAAACUGUAGACUGUUAGUCUCCGUCUAAGACUGAGAUAAGAAAUUCCUUUACUCAGAUGUAAAUGCUAAGAAUUAUUUUACCCUAGAGGACACUGAAUGCUCAAUAACUGAAUAUGUUCAUGAAUAAUAUUAAUAGAUUAUUUUUGGAUCUUGAGGGAAUUGAAGGAUAUGGGGAUAGUGUAGGAAGGUCAUUCUGAGGUAUAAGAUCAUCCAUGAUUUGUUGACUAAUCAAGCAGGCUCAUGAUGCUCAGUGACCUAUCCCUGUUCUUUGUUUUCAAGUAGUUACAAACAGCUUUUUGAACAGCCAGGUUUGCCCAAAUAGAUGAAUAUUUAAUACAGGACAAAGUGCCUGUAUUAAUUAUCAUUGGGAAUGGAAGUGGAUAACAAUUGUUGGCACUUAUUAAUGGCUGGCUCCAUCUCAAACCAUAAAUGUGAUGGGAAUUGUAAUUUUGCAUGGUCACGAUGUGAACUGCUGUGAUUUUUUUUUCAGCUUUUGUUGAACCUAAUAGAACAGGAUAUUACACCGAAAGCCAUAAAUCUACUUAAAACACACUUGUGGUUUUAUUUGCAUAAGAGUAUCUUUACAAAAAACUAUGAAAACCACCAAAAAAUUUGGUGUCAAACUUAACAAUUCUCACGGUAAAAUUUUAUUUUAGAAACUACUCUCAUCUACAUUUAGAAACCAUUUAAAAUAAAUUAUUUUCAAGGAAAAUCAACCCUCUGAUGAAGGGUCCAGGCCCGAAACGUCAGCUUUUGUGCUCCUGAGAUGCUGCUGGGCUUGCUGUGUUCAUCCAGCCUCACAUUUUAUUGUCUUUCCUCUUUUUCCUGCCUAGUUACACAUUCGGUUUUGUUUUUCUGCUCAGAUUCAAAUAUCUUUUAUUUCCUUUAUGGCAAAAACACACACAGUAUUAAAAAAUAACGAGUGCUAGCAAUAUGUACACUUGUGUCUCAUUAUUACAUACUUCCACGUGCGUAGAUAGAUGUACUCUACUGCAGAUUAGUCCUAACAGUAUAUGCCAAUAGUUAAACUUGUCUCUAGAACCUUCAGCUCAAAAGCUGCUUUUUUUUGACCUGUAACAUUGCAGCAAAUUAGCACGGUAUCUAGGACCUGAAUGAACAGAGAAGAUAACGCAGUAUCCUCUCAACUAGAGUUUUACAGAUUGGGAAAUAAGAACUUAGAUGGUAUAAAAAGUGAAUUCAGUACCAUGUAUGCUUAUAAUAAAUAUGCAUCUCUAGGGAGGUUCAUUCCUAGUUAUUAAUGCAGAAAACAGAAUGAUACUAGUGCAAAUUUUUACAAGUGAGGUUGGAGGGGUGCACCAAUUACAUUCAAAUUUCACUCCUGUACUGGUCACAAUGAUGUUGAAAUUUAAUCUAGAAGAUAUGGCCAAUCAUAUAGAUCUUAGACUGUAUUAGGGUUAGCAUUGGGAAUAAGUCAGCCUUGUUUUUCUUUUAGUCAACAAAAGUCAACUAGUUUAUUACAAAAACUUACCUAUCUUUUUCCAUCUUUGCUAAGUAUAAUCUGCAUUCUAACAUCUCAAAAUUAACAUGUGACAAUCUUUGUUUGAACACCCUGCAGAAUACAGUGAGCAACAACUGGGAUUGACACCAAUCCCAUAGAUUUCCUCUCCAGAUGCUACUGGCACCGGGUCAGUAGAUCUUAUUAGAGCUUCACAAGGGAUUAUAGUCCUCACUUUUAAUGACCUGGCCUUGAAAUUACACGCCCAAAGAGCUAUUCAGUCAUGGAUUGCCCUAAUGAUUGCUUACAGGCUGCUGGUUCACUUUCCUUUCCUGUGCCCGUGCACUCCUGAAUUCUGGAAUCUAUGCUUCAGCAAUUAUUCAUUCAUAUCUCCAGCUUCACCAAACUAGAAUUGCUCAAAUUUUUUUGCUGCAUUCUAAUCUUGUUCACUUACUUAAAGCAAAUAUUGCUUGUUUAUUUCCUUUGCCUUCACCUAGCUAUUUACGAUGCACAAUAUCCUCCAAGCCUCUCCAGAUUUUUUUUUCUGAGCUUUAACACCAACCCUAAGCUGUGCCUACUGAUUCCUAGGAUAUUUUCCUCAAUUAUGACUUCACACAGCUAUUCAGCUGCUGUCAGCUUCUAAUUCUGUCUUAGCUAUACUAUUAGAUAUGCAACUUCUGGCUACCCACAUUUCUUCCUGAAUUCUGACUAUAUAGAACCUGUGGCCCAAAUAUGCUGUUUCAGCACUUUAUUUCCAUAUGGAGCUUGCCACUGUCUUUGUCCGUCUGUUAUUUUUCAAUUAACUGUGACCCCAGAACUGUUUGAGGGGCUUAUUAAGAAAAUAAGCCCCAUCCCUUUUAGGUAGGUCCAUGUAUAACAAUCAGCAGAGUGGCUAGAAUGUGUAAACUCCGUGGAACUGUCAGCUUCCCAAAUCUUACCAUUUUUCACAUUGCUUAUCUCCUACAGUUUGUAGUGCAUUUGAAGAGGUCAUCUCUGCAACUAAUGACUAGAAUUAAAAUUGUGUGGUGAGCUUAAUAGUGGACGAGGGCAACAAAUUCCUUUCCAAAACCAUAUGGGUUGGCAAGGGGCAAAUCUUAUUUCUGUUCUUUGUUGAAGAUAUAGCUAACUUGGGUAGCAACUUUUCAACAUUCAUGUUUAACUCUCCAUUACAUUGCUAUAUUCUGUAUUCAUAAUUUAUGAAUACAUCUUAAUUUUGACAGCAAUUUCUACACCAAUAUUAGUUUCAAUUUUCUGUCUUCAAGGAUUCUUUAUGGAUCUUUUACAGAUGACACAAUUUGUGGCCAGCCGACCUAAUGCUUUUAUCUGCAUGAUUAUGGAUCUGGAUGAACCUAGAAGGACAAGGGCAGCAAACAAUGAGAAUACCACCAUGUGCAAACUUGUCACUGAUCCAUAUAUCAUAUACUUGGACCUAGUAUCUUUUACACCUUCACUAGGUCAAAGUCUCUUCUCAACUGCACUGUGGGUGUGUUUUACACCACAUUGAUUGCAGUAUUUCAAGGAGGAGACUCCCCACCACCUAUAUCAAGAGCAAUUGGACAUGGACAGUAAAUGCUUGGCUGGACAGUGGCAGCAAUAUUUAAAAUAAAACUUCUGUGCAGGACUAUAAUGGCUGUUAACAUAUCCAAGCUGCAACUUCAAUUUCUUCAGAUGACCAAUACAUUUUUUUUUGAGAGUUUGGUAACUUCCUUACCUAUAAAAUUGGCCUGAAUGGACAAUUAGUAUAUUUUGUCCAGUACUGUGCUAGAUUUCCAAAAAGGCAUUUGUUAGGUACAUACAAAAUGAUUUAAGAAAAGCUCUCAUUGUGUUGGAGGUAGUGCAUUAACACAGCUAAAAGAUCAGCUUACCAGCAGAAGACAGAGUUGGGAUAAUGGGGCCAUUUUCAGAAUGUAGCUAGUGGAGUGUCACAGUGAUCUGAGCCAUAAAGACUAGACUAGAUGAGAUUAGAUUCCCUACAGUGUGGAAACAGGCCCUUCAGCCCAACAAGUCCACACCGCCCCUUGAAGCAUCCCACCCAGACCCACCCCCCUAUAACCCACACACCCCUGAACUCUACGGGCAAUUUAGCAUGGCCGAUCCACCAGCCUGCACAUCUUUGGACUGUGGGAGGAAACCGGAGCACCCGGAAGAAACCCGUGUAGACACGGGGAGAAUGUGCAAACUCCACAUAGACAGUCGCCCGAGGCGGGAAUCAAACCCGGGUCCCUGGCGCUGUGAGGCUGCAGUGCUAACCACUGAGCCACUGUGCCCUAAGGAUGAUCAUUAAACCAAAUUGGAUUUAGGAUUUCGUGAGUUGAUAUCUACCUGGAUAGCAACAGUGAACCAAUUUAUUUCCUAUCCUGAGCAGCAUCUCAGGAGCACAAAAGCUGACGUUUCGGGCCUAGACCUUUCAUCAGAGAGGGGAAUGGGGAGAGGGUUCUGGGUCCUCCGACACUUCCGCCAUCUACAAUCCGACCCCACCACCCAAGACAUUUUUCCAUCCCCACCCUUGUCUGCCUUCCGGAGAGACCACUCUCUCCGGGACUCCCUUGUCCGCUCCACACCCCUCCAACCCCACCACACCCGGCACCUUCCCCUGCAACCGCAGGAAGUGCUACACUUGCCCCCACACCUCCCCCCCCAUCCCAGGCCCCAAGAUGACUUUCCAUAUUAAGCAGAUGUUCACCUGCACAUCUGCCAAUGCCAGUUGCUGCUUGACCUGAGCUUUUCCAGCAAUUUGUGGCUUUGUUUCUGAAUUCGAGCAUCCACAGUUCUUUCAGUUUGUAAUAGUGGAACUAUUCUGGCCAUGUAAAUCAUUACAUUCACAUUGGUGGUAGUGGAAGUAGAGGCUCAACACCACUUGUACUUCUCUGUCAUUGACUGUUGUGAUGGCCAUAACAUUUAGUUUGUGUGUAGAGGAGCAAAUUGAUGCAGAGCAGCUAUACAAAAUUACAUACCUAAAAGUGUUGCAUUUUCCCCCCCAGUGUGCUUUAAAUAUAAAACAUUCCAACUGGUGCUGUAUUUAUGGGAAAUAUAUUUUGUUUUACCCAUCUGUGAUUUAUUGAAGUGUUUUGAAGUUUUUGUAGGACACCAUACAUGGUGGUAUAGAGUAUACUCACCACUGAGUGGAGUUCACAACUCAAGAUGAGCCAUUCAGCUGCCUUCAAAGCUCACUUGACUCUAACUUUAGAAUAGUAUUACCUAAACUCUGGAAGAGUUUUCCAUAUGCUACGUUGUCUACAGUUAAUACUUACGCUGCGUAAAAGACAAUGAAGGGGAUAUGUGGCUCCUGCGAAUAAAAAUUAUUUGCUAAAUAUCUGUCAAAGACAAUUUUGAACGUUUUCAUAAGUCUUGUUUUCUUUAAUCCAGAAUUUGAUGGAAUUGGAAUUCUGUGAUUUACACACUAUAAAAUAACUAUGGGAUAUGUCACUGUUAAUGUAGUUAAAUUUAAUAUCAAGAGUUCAGCUCUGGAUAUAUUGGUACUGUUUGUGCUCUGAAAUCAGACAAUUUGCUAGUAUAU